AUGGCCAAUGGUUUUGGGAGCCUCGAGCGCUUCUUCGCGAAGAAGAAGACUCCAGCUGCCUUGAGCGAUCAUCAUGUACAGGCAGCCCAGCCAGCUUCCACCCAGCCAGCUUCUGCCCCUCCUACUAUACCGCAGUUUCCUUCGCCUUCUUUCAUCCGCCCAAAAACUAGCCGCAUGGCUGCGCGAGAAGAGGUGAGGAAACCGCCCGCGAGCCGAGUUCCUUCUUUCCCCGGUUCUGGUUCUCCUCAUCAAAUGGACUUCACCAGCUUCCACAGCCCUAUAUCCCGGUCGGAUUCUCUCCAGUCGCAAUACUCUCCUCUCAAGGCUUCUUUCAUGCCUAUACAAGCAGACUCCCUCUCAGAUAACUUUGAUGUUUGUCAAUUCCCUCGACCACCAACGAGUCAAGGAGGAACUUGUGCCUCAUCGCCUACUCGCGAUCGAAAACCAUCUAUGGAGGCUCGUAGUGAGUGCAGCCUCCUGCAUCGAUCUCCUAGGAAGCGAGCAGCAGGCGGCUCGCGGCUCGAGACUCCUCCAUCAUCGGACCUGGAAGAUGAGGCUACCUCAAGCCCUCAAUACUUCCACGACAAGGAACUUCCGGCACUGCCUCAGCGGAAGCCUCCAACCCCAGACUCUUCUCCGGAGCUUAGACCCCUUCAUAUCGCACAAUUAACAGCAUCAAAGUCGAUCGACAUUCUCAACAAGGCUGUCUGCAGAGACAUUCGACGCCAUUUUGCCGAGACUUUGGAACAGAGACGAGUACGCAAGGCUGCAAGUCUGACUAGCCAGGAUCCCUACACGAACAGGCUUUCCGUCAGCAGUUCUACGCUCCGAGAACCAGACUUCAACGAGUUCUUUGAACUAAGUGAUGAUGACAUUGCUGAACUAGCCCCCGAAGAAACGGCGAAUGUUGACACAUCAAUGCCCUCAGCUAUGCACUCUGCCCCUGGUUCCAAUCGUUCUUCUUUGCUAGUAUUGACUCCUCUUGUUCAUGCCAGCAAACCCGCCGUCGCCGGCGCCUUUGAGGCAGCCAGAAUUGCCGCACGCUAUGAAUUCGACUUCGUUUAUGUUGUCAACUUGUGGACUGACUAUUCUCAACCUCAAUCUGAUGUUUCCACCGGCUUGUGCUCUCCAGGAAAGAAGUUCAGACCCUUGGCCGGUCGUCUUCUCGCUUCCUAUGGAAUGGAAAACGUCAACGCGCCAGUGCAGAUCUCAACUGCGAGCCACAGAAAGAUCCUCAAGACCCCGGGAUGGAUUGAGUACAGGCCUCAAAACUUCCGCCAUGAUGAGUUUGCAAGAGGUUAUGCUCAUGCAUUCCACACCGGCCAGGGGUCAGGAAACGGGUCGGUCGCCUCGAGAAACUCAAGCUCUUCAUCCGCAUCAGUACAACCAUCGAACCCCAACCGUGGAAUCGUCUUUGCGGCGUACCGUGCGCCACGAGCUGACGGGAGCCUGGCUUGCACCAAGGAUGAUCUAUCCAACCUACACAAGGACGCAGAGGCACUUGUCGAAAUGCUUGUUGAUAUUAACGUAACAAACCAGCUCCGCGAGCCCCGAUCACAGUCUCGGCAAUCCGAGGAAACAGGUCCAAUGCCAACACGAAGGUUUGGCUUCUGUGAGGCCGACAGCAGCGGACAUCCUCAGCAAAUAUUUUUGCAAUGA